AUGGACAAAACCAAACUGGUGUAUCAGCUUGGUACUCCCUUCUCCAGCGUGCAAUGGCCAGAAAUCUCCCAACAAGAUCAAGAUACGAUGCUAGAUCUCCUCUGCGGCCUCCUGUUUCCAAUAUGCCAGCAUCGGAAUUCAUACAUACACCCUUCCAAGGGCAAAAAGGCCAGGGCGAGGAAGAGGAAGCGCGAUCAGUCAAAUGAGACUCAAACCCAGCUGCCUACACCCCCACUGCCAGCUGUGGCAGCCUCUGUAGACGUCGGUUUGACCACCAUCACCAGAAACCUUGCAGCCUCCUCUUCCAAAUCACGCACCGGAGCAGGCGAAAAUGGUGACCAUGACCAGUGCUCUCCAUACUUUGUAGUCUUCGUGGUCAGGUCGGGCCCACCGUCGACAUUCUUCAGUCAUCUGCCCCAGAUGGUCGCCGCGGCGUCCCGCCAGUUGGAGGAGCCCAUUCGGCUUGUUGGAUUCUCCAAAUCAUGUGAGGAGAAACUGAGCGCGUGUCUUGGUAUCCCCCGGGUAUCGAGUGUUGCUUUGCGGGCCGGAGAAAGCGGCCAGUUGAAAGCCCUGGUCGACUUUGUGCGAAAACAGGUGGCUCCAGUCGAGGCUCCAUGGAUGGAGGAUGGUGGCAAAGGCGAAUUCCGCGAGACAAAGAUCAAUUCGAUUCAGGCACCCAUAGGGACGAAACGUCAGAAGAAGGGAUGA